AUGACCCUAGCUGUAUAUACAAUUUUCCAAUCGAUUUCAAACAGUUUGUCUGCCACUAAUCGCUUCAACUCAUUCCUCAACGACUACUUCAAUGGUUUCCAACAUCGUUCUUUGGCCAACAAAACCAACUUCAACUUUGCCAACGAAUUCGAAGACAUUGAAAACAACGAGAAUCAAUUUGCUGUUGAUUUGGAUGUUCGCCAUUAUUUGAAACCAGAAGAAUUGAAUGUCAAUUUGAAUGGACACUCCAACUUGGAUUUUUGCGAAAUUUGA